GCCAGUCCGGACUCCAGCGGGUCGGCGGCGCAGCCCGAACGCCAUGGAGCAGCCCCGGAAGGCGGUGGUGGUGACGGCUCUUCGGCUCUUCCACCUUUUCACCGUGUGACUUCGGGCAGCUGGCUUCACCUUUCUGGGCCUCAGUCUGGCUCCUGGAAAAUGGGCCCACGGACACCCUUUCUUGGAAAGGGAUGCAGUGAAGCUGAGUGCCACAGUGCACGCAGAGCACUUGGCACGUUUCCCGGUCUUGGGUUUGGUCCUUUUGGGGAGCACACCGUGAACGCCAGCUGGAUUGCAGUCCAGGAGCUGGAGAAGCUGGGCCUUGGCGACAGCGUGGACCUGCACGUGUACGAGAUUCCCGUCGAGUACAAGACAGUCCAGAGGCUCAUCCCCGCCCUGUGGGAGAAGCACAGCCCACAGCUGGUGGUGCAUGUGGGCGUGUCAGGCAUGGCAACCACAGUCACGCUGGAGAAGUGCGGCCACAACAAGGGCUACAAAGGGCUGGACAAUUGCCGCUUUUGCCCUGGCUCCCAGUGCUGCGUGGAGGACGGGCCCGAAAGCAUCGACUCCAUCAUCGACAUGGACGCCGUGUGUAAGAGGGUCACCACGCUGGGCCUGGACGUGUCCGUGACCAUCUCGCAAGAUGCCGGCAGGUACCUCUGCGACUUCACCUACUACACCUCUCUGUACCAGAGCCACGGCCGCUCAGCCUUUGUCCACGUGCCUCCCCUGGGCAAGCCGUACAACGCAGACCAGCUGGGCAGGGCGCUGCGGGCUAUCAUCGAGGAGAUGCUGGGCGUCCUGGAGCAGUCCGAAGACAGAAUCCACUGUCGCCACGAACACUAAGAGCCACCCAGGCCUCCGGAGGCCUUGUCCUACCAGGGACCCAGGAGGAGGCAAACUUUCAGCCGGUGAUCUGAUUCGGAUCAGAUAUUUCUGUUUACACACCUCCUCUCCCCUUUGAUCUGCAAACGUGCUGAUUGAUUUGAACGGGCUGCUGAAGAGUGUUUCUCUGUUUCCCUUGGCAUCUGGGGAGGUGGCCGUGAUGUCCGGAGACCCUUGGGUGCGGAUUUCCGAAGAGAAUCCUGAUUGGGUUUAUCUCCACGCCGCGAUCCCACAGCUGGGCCACCUGUGCGCCUGCUCCUGAGGGCUCUGGUGACGGGAUUUCGGAGUUCCCUCCAUCCCAUCGCUGGUUUUUCCCAACCGUGAAAGCCUCUCCGAGAGGCUGCCCUGACCCAUGUCCCCACAGCUUGGACAGCCGUGGGCUAUGCUGUGACUUUGUUAUUUUCCAAAUUCUAUUCUCUCUCUCUCUCUUUUUUAAAUUAAUUGUUGAGAGAGAGAGAGAGAGAGAGAAGGGGGGGAGAGAGAAACCCUGACUUGUUGUUCCACUUAUUAAUGCACUCAUCGGUUGCUGUUUGUACGUGCCCUGAUGGGGGAUUGAACCCGCAACCUUGAAGUAUCCAGGCGAUGCUCUAAACAAAUGAGCUACCCGGCCAAGGCCUUACUCUCUUUUUUAAAACAAUAGUGCUAGUUUGGGCACAGAGUAAUUUAUAUUCCCUUUGGUUAAAACACAGGCUUUAGCCAACAACAAAAGUGUCUUUUCUUUUUCCUGGGAUGCAGCCCCUUCUGCCUCCUGUCCCGAGCACCGGACCUGCAUCUUCGUUUGGGGGCUGACACACUGACCGUGCUUGGGUUUGGAGACUGGGUGGGGGGAGGGUCUGCUGCCCCAGGAGGUUGAAGGGUUUGCUGACCCUUUCAACACCCAAGCUGUGAGCUCUGGAGCGGGCCCCCCGGUGGAAAGGCCGACUUUGCCAUCUUGACAUGUACAUGAUUUUUUUUUUUUUUUAAUAUGUAAAAAUUUGUAGCAG